AGAUAAAUUAAUAAUUAAAUAAACUGGAGGAUGCACAUCCACUCGGAAUACCGCCAUCCAACUACCCGGGCUUAAAGCGCACAUCGCCGGGGCUUGCAGGCUGACGGUGGGCCGCAGCAGAGAGGAAGCACGGGAGGAGGAGACGGGAAAACAGCUGCACUGGAUGCUGGGGGGAUGAUGAUGAUGAUGCCAUCCAGGACCUGAUGUUCUCCUACACACCCCGCUGAAACACAAGGACUGUCGGGCUGCUGGUGGAGAGGAUUAUCCAGGAGGCUGGAGGAAGGAAGCAGGGAGGAGGGGAGGCAGCGACUCGCAUCAUCCGGAGGGGAGCGUUGUGUCAGGCCGACAAAUAACGCGGAACAGACCGUAGUGGCCGCUCUAUAGUCUAGGUUCGGACUCCACGGACAGAGAAGAUGUCGGGGCAGACUCUGACGGACCGCAUCGCCGCGGCGCAGGCCGGCCUGACCGGAUCCGAGGUGGCCCGGGCCGUGUGUAAAGCCACCACACAUGAACAGACAGCUCCAAAGAAGAAGCACCUGGAAUACCUGAUCCAGGCCACCCAGGACACCAAUGUGAACAUCCCCUCGUUGGCCGACACGCUGCUGGAGAGGGUCGGCAACGCCAGCUGGGUGGUGGUCUACAAAGCCCUGAUCACCACACACCACCUCAUGGUGCAUGGCAAUGAGAAAUUAAUGCAGUUCCUGGCAUCUAGAAACACCUUGUUCAACCUCAGCAACUUCCUGGACAAAACUGGCUCCCAUGGCUACGACAUGUCCACGUUCAUCAGACGCUACAGCCGCUAUCUGAACACAAAGGCCUUCGCCUACAGACAGAUGUCUUUUGACUUUGUCCGAGUCAAGAAAGGAGCUGAGGGAGUGAUGAGGACCAUGGCGGUGGAGAAGCUGUUGAAAGGAAUGCCCACCCUCCAGAGCCAGAUCGACGCACUGCUGGAUUUUGAAGUGCAUGCCCCAGAACUGAACAACGGGGUGAUAAACGCCUGCUUUCUCCUGCUCUUCAAAGAUCUGAUCAAGUUAUAUGCCUGCUACAAUGACGGCAUUAUAAACCUGCUAGAAAAAUUCUUCCAGAUGAAGAGAAGCCAGUGCAAAGACGGGCUGGAGAUCUACAAAAGAUUUCUGGCACGAAUGAUCCGGGUUUCAGAAUUCUUCAAAAUUGCUGAGGAAGUGGGAAUAGACAAAAAUGACAUACCUGAACUCACUCAGGCCCCACAUAGUCUUCUGGAGUCCCUGGAGACCCACCUCGACACACUGGAGGGAAAGAAGCCAGAGGAUAAAUCGCCCACCAAGGAGGCUCCAGCCAACAACAGCGUGCCCCCUGUGCCCCCCGCCGCUGCUGCUGCUGUUGCUCCAGCCAGGCGCAACGCUCCAACUCCUGGAGGGGGCCCUCCUGCUCGCCCCGGGCCUCCUGUCAAACCUCCUCCACCCACUAUCACCCCCACCCCUCCAGCCCCAACCACCAUUACUACCAGCAAUGAUCUUGAUUGCUUCUUGUUGGAUCUCGACCCAAUGGCCUCCUCCUCAACAAAGGGAGCCACUUCCUCCAUGACUGGAUGGGGAGAUCUCUUGGCUGAGGCAACUCUGGCUGCCGCUGAUGAAGCCUCUGAAGCUCUCCUAGAGGAGGAAGAGUCAGCUGAAGUGGCUGUUGCAGUAGCUGCUGCUCCUGUAAGACCCGCACCUCCCUCCGCUGCAGCUACUCUUGCCGCUGCUGCUGCUGCAGCCGUCCCGGCCCCCGCCUCACUGCCAGCUUCAGCUCCCACCACAGCCGUAGAGAUGGACUUUUUCGGAGAUGCGUUUGCACCCUCCCCAGGAGACGGUCCUGCUGCUGUGGCCGCGGGCCCCGCUGCUGAUGCUUUUGGUGGAUCUGACCCCUUCGCUACGACAGAGGGGAGUGCAGACAUUGCUCCAGAGAUGGACCUGUUCGCCAUGAGGCCCACUGAAAAGGGGGCCAUCAUCACUCCCUCCUCUAGUGAGGCGCCGACCAUCGUCGUCCCCAUCGUCGUCCCCAUCGUCGUCCCCAUCGUCGUCCCCAUCGCUGCCCCUGCUACCCCCACCCUUUCUUCCGACACCACCACCACAGAGUCUGCAGCCGCUCCGACUCUAGAUAUCUUUGGUGAUAUGUUUGAUUCAAUGCCUGAGCAAAGCCCUACCACAGAAUCCAAAGCUGCUACCACUCCUAGCGUAGACCUUUUUGGUGCAGACCUUCCUGCUGUUUCACGCGGGCCCUCUCCUUUGCCCGAGCCGGUUCUUUCUGGAGACAUUGUGACCGACUCAUAUUCAUCCCCAGAACCUUCUGAGGCUGCUUCUGCUCCUUCUUCAGCCUCUGCUUCAGCUCCUGCUUCUGCUCCUGCUCCUGCAGCAGCUUCUAGCCCAGAGGCCUCCUCUCCACCCAAAGCAGAGCCAGCACCUGUCAUUGACCUUCUGGACUCCUUUGCCAGUCCCGUGGACGAGACGAAGAGCUCUGCUCCUGGAGGGCCUGGAGAUGAUCUGCUGGGAGGCCUGAUGUCCCUCACCCUGGCUCCCACUGCUGCCCCAGCUCUAGCUCCAGCCUUGGCUCCAGCUCCUGCUCCGGUUCCGGUGCAGAACGACCUCCUGGAGUCGGGCUUUGAUGCUCUUGGCUCCCUAACGUCUCCGACACCGCCUGCCCAUGCUGCAGUACCGAUACUAGCAGCAACCACCACACCAGUGCCCUCUGGUGGCUUUGACGCAUCAAUGUUUGGUGGAUUAGGCGACUUGCUGAUGCCCGCCAUUACGCCCCAGAGCACCGGGGGGAGCACUGCUGGAAGCACAGCAGGAAGCAUGGGAACUCCAGUUGCAAUGGGAGGCAUUGCAGCCGCCCCCCCUCUUUCUAAAACUGUUGGAGGAGACCUGGACUCCUCAUUGGCCAACCUUAUUGGAGACCUUGGAGUAAAGAAGAAGGACCCACAGAGUGAGAAGAAGCUGACAGGAGGAGCCAACUGGAUGCCACAUGUAGCUCCCACAAGCUGGGGUACACCAGGAGCCCCCAUGGGAGGUACCGCCCCCGGAGGUCCCGGGGCUCCAGGAGCCUCCAUGGUCCCACCAAUGAGCGCACAGCCUGGCUUUGGCAUGGCUCCUGCAGGAGGGCCUGGCGCUCCCAUGAUGCAGCCGAUGAUGGGGCAGCCUAUGAUGGGACAGCCUAUGAUGAGACCUCCCUAUGCUGGGGGGGCGGGAGCUGCACCAGGAGCACCGAUUCCACUUGUAAGCCAGAGUCCCAAAAAGCCCAAGGACCCUUUGGCAGAUCUCGACCUCAAAGACUUCUUAUAACACCCCAGCUGCUUUCUUCUCUGGAGCAGGGCCCUCUCAACUUUUACCUGGUGUCUGUCAACAUCUCAGGAUGUUCAGCUACUCAACCUUAUAAGAGCCUCUUUUCUCCACCCCAACCAUCUCCACCCCACCCUUUUCCUGUGUGAUGUUGUAGCACAAACUGUGAAAGUGAACCAUAGCUGAUUAUAUAUAUAUAUGAGAAAAAAAAUACAAGCGUGUGAUUAUGUAGAUGUUCUUAUCUUUUGUCUAAACAAAAUCACUCAAAACCCUGACAAAAAAAAGUCCACAAAAGUGAGUGAAAGAAAGUGAAGGCGUAUGUGUUUGAAUUUCUUUCUGGUGUUGAGUUGAAUGCUGGAUGUGCUUUGGUGUCCUAAGCCCCUCCCACCACCCCAUAUGUGUCCCAGCCUCAUUAUAAAGGGGGAGGAGCUCUUCUUUGUCCCCCUCUGAUUGGAUGAGAGUGACGAACAAAGCCCCGAUAGAUUUUUCGGAGAAACAUGUUGUGUGUUGUUUACAGAAAAUUCCUCGCUGAUGUACAUAGAUCUCUCUGGCGAGGAUUACGUCUCUAUUCUGUACGUCUGUUGAAGAGAAAUAUAAAUGUGAUUCUGACAUGAAAUUGUAAGUCGUGUGAGUAACCUUAUAUUUCCUGUCAUCUUUUGAAAGUAUUUGGAAACAAAUACCUCUAUAUGAUUAAUAUACUGUAUAUUAAGACAACUUAUAUGGGCUUCUGAAUCAUACCAGACCAAGUGAUCCUUUCUGUGGGUUUCGUUUUUUUUACUCGUGGCUUAUUUUUCUAUGUUUAUUUAUUUGUCUUCUUGUCUAAUGUUAUUUAUAUGAUCUGUUUCUGUUAGAAUAAUUCUCCAUACAACAUAUUGUUCUUGCAUUACUAUUAAUGAACAUAUCUUACAAUUUACUUUCAGAGAAAAUGCUUUAGUACUUCGUCACAGACUCAAAUAACUACAAUCUUUUCCUGCGGUUUGACACUACCUAUCUGGAUAUAUCUGUUGCCGGUGCUUUCAUUAUAACUAUGACCAGAUCAGUAUGAUUAUUGUUGUAUUUAAUGUAAGAUGAUCCAAUGCCAUACCCAACUCUGGAACCGUGAGGAUUUUCUUUCGAAUCAAAGUUCUGUUUACAGUCAUUGUUUCUCACCAAAUUGGCUUUUGGACCUAACAGAUGUGAUGAAUGAACAAACUUACACCUGACGUGUUUGAAAACGGCGUUCAAUAAUGUCACAAUCUUCUAGAAUUUGCAAAAAUUAGACUGAACAUUAUUAACGUCCAAGUUGUUUUAUUCAAUCACUUCUGACCGUUGGCCCAUUUUCAAUUAAAACAGUUGAUAGUGUUAGUCACAACACAAGCGUGAUGUGGAAAUCUACAGAUCUGUUCAGCCAUUAGUAUCAUAAAACAAGCCCCUCUUUCCUUUUACCCUCUUACAAUGUAGUUGAUAUGGACAGCUGUAAACCAGUCCGAUGUAAUGCUUACUCUGUGUGUUGUCUUUUCAGUGGACGAAUAAGCAAUUGGUUGUGAGCAUCUGAUAUGAUUCAGAGAAAAUAACGGAAGAUUAACAUUUUUCAUGAAAUUGUAUUUUUGUUCAGUUGUACAUUUAUUUUAUUUACUAUGGCCCACCCCAGUGCAUGUAAGCCUUUUGAGGUGCAAUAAAUUCAAUGAUGGAUUGAACUGCC